AAAAAAAAUUUCAGCCCUUCGAAAUUCGUCUCCCCCUGGCCCUCUAGCUGGAGAGAGAGAGAGAUAUAUAGAGAGAGAUAGAGAGAGAAAACACGUAGUAGAAUUUGGUCCGUGUGUGGACGAAGGAUUCAGGGACGAACACGAUGGUCAUUGCAACUUGCUCUUAAAGUGCUUCUAUCUUUUAGCUUCAAUUUUCUUCUAUCCUCUUGAAUUUCGUCUCACAGAAGAGUUUCAAUCCGUUUCUGCAUUGGCUAUGGCUGAUCCUUCGAACAGUUUGCCCGUGGAUUCUCUCGGCGACAUCGACGACUACAUUUCGGCCAAUGAAGGAGAGGGUUCAUUAACAUGGAACAUGUUUAGUCAUGUUUUUGAAUUCGUACAAAAUGGGAACCGAGCAUUUAGAGAUAAUAACUUUGAAGAGGCAAUCAAGUGUUACUCAAGAGCAAAUAACAUCAAACCAGGUGAUCCGGUUAUUCUCAACAACAGAAGUGCUGCUUAUAUCAGGAUUAGUCGAUUCCUCAAAGAUAGACCACCGUCUGCUUCUGAAUAUCGACCAUUGAAUGGGUUGGAUCCUACAGUACUUGCUGAACUUGCACUAAAAGAUGCUGAGAAGCUGAUGGACCAAUGCAGUAAAUCAGUGAAACCAUAUAUUCUGAAGGCUAAUGCUCUCAUUCUCCUAGAAAAAUAUGACAUAGCAAAGGAUAUUAUUCUAUCCGGCCUUCAAAUUGACCCUCUAAGCAAUCCUCUUCAGGCUUCUCUUCAGAGAUUGGAGAGGAUAGCUGUGAGUCAGACAGGAAGGGGACGCCAUGGGCUACCAGAUCGUAGUGAUGAAUUUGAUUGCACCCUUUGUUUUAAGCUUCUUUAUGAACCCAUCACAACUCCCUGUGGGCAUUCUUUUUGCCGUUCUUGCUUAUUUCAGUCGAUGGAUCGUGGUAAUAAAUGUCCGCUGUGCCGAACAGUUCUUUUUAUCAGUUCAAGAACAUGUGCAAUCAGUGUUACGCUGAGCAACAUUAUACAGAAGAACUUUCCAGAGGAGUAUGCUGAAAGGAAGUCAGAACAUGAUGGUUUGGCAAAUUUUGGUAUCGAUAUAAUGCCUCUUUUUGUCAUGGAUGUUGUUAUCCCAUGUCAGAAAUUCCCGCUUCACAUAUUUGAACCCCGCUACAGACUUAUGGUCCGGAGGGUAAUGGAAGGCAAUCAUCGUAUGGGAAUGGUUAUUGUGGAUUCUACAACAGGUUCUAUUGCUGAUUUUGCAUGUGAAGUGGAAAUUACCGAGUGUGAGCCUCUUGCGGACGGACGAUUCUAUCUAGAGAUUGAAAGUCGUCGAAGAUUUCGCAUUAUUCGAUCUUGGGAUCAAGAUGGGUAUCGAGUGGCAGAGAUCGAAUGGGUCAAUGAUGUAGCUCCCGCAGAAGGGACAAGAGAGCAAGCAGAAUUGCAGGAAAUGACAAAUAAUGCAGCAGAGUACGCUCAGUCAUGGAUAAGGAAGGCAAAAGAAGCAUCUAGACGAGUAAUGGGAUUUUUGACAGAUCAUAGCAAACACGAUAGACUUCUUAAUGUGGAAGCAAUGAUGCCCUCAUCACGAGAUCCUGAACGGUUCAGCUUCUGGCUUGCUACCCUUUCAAAUCGGAGGCCCCUGGAAAGAUUGGAACUUCUACGAAUGACAGAUACAAGAGAGAGGAUAAGGCGUGGACUUGUAUAUCUCAAAGCAGAAGAACAGGGGUCCUCCCUCUCCGCCGUUUCUCCACCAUGCCCUCCUCCUCCUCUCCUCCUCCGCCGCUCCCCCUCUCACUCUACCUCUAAAAAGUCUCCACUUCCUCCACUUCCGGCGGCCAUGGGGGCAGAAUUCUGUACCACUCCAUUCCCCUCCUCCCUUUUCCUCCUCUCUCUAUUCCUCUUCUUCUCUCUCUCCUCUGCUAUUCAUCCCUCUUUUGUUCCCUUUUCCCCUCGCGACAAUUACUUGAUCGACUGCGGCUCGCCGGAGCAAACCCAUCUCGACGACGGCCGGAUUUUCAAAUCCGAUCGCGAAUCGACUUCUCUCCUUGCCACUGAAGAAGACGUCCAAACCUCAAUCGAUUCCAUUCCCGUAAACGCCACUGUUUCGCCUCUGUCUUCUUGGGCAUUGCCUCUCUUCCGCACCGCCAGAAUCUUCCCCAGCGAUUCCACUUACACUUUCUUCAUUUCUCAGGCCGGCCGCCAUUGGAUUCGCCUCUAUUUUUACCCUCUUCCUCACCCUAAUUAUAAUCUCUCCGAUUCCGUUUUCACUGUCACAACAGACAGUUUCGUCCUCCUCCACGAUUUCUCAAUCAAGGCCGACUCCAAAAUCGUCUCCAAGGAGUAUCUAAUCAACAUCACCACUGAUCGAUUCUCCCUUCAAUUCAAACCAAAGAAGAAUUCAUCGGCGUUCAUCAAUGCCAUCGAAAUCGUCUCCGCCCCAGAUCCUCUGUUUUCCGAUUCCGCCACCUCUGUUUCUCCGGUAGGGUUUUUUAGCGGAUUGUCUCAUUUCGCUCUGGAAAUCUGCUACCGUGUUAAUGUCGGAGGGCCUCAGAUUGUUCCUAGAAACGAUACGUUGUCAAGAACGUGGGAAACAGAUGAUGCUUUUAACAGAUUCCCACAAGGUUCUAAGAACGUUUCUGUGGGUUUGAACUCGAUUAAAUACCCUGGAAACGACUUGACUCCAUUGAUUGCUCCAUAUUGGGUUUAUGCAACGGCGGAGGAUCUGCAAGAUUCAAAAACAAUGCAAGUAAGCUUUAAUAUGAGCUGGAGUUUUAAUGUGGAGCAGAGCUAUUCGUAUUUGAUCAGACUCCAUUUCUGUGACAUUGUGAGCUCCGUCCUCAACACUUUGUACUUCAAUGUUUACAUCAAUGGGAUGAUGGGUAUUGCAGAUCUUGACCUCUCUCAGCUCACCGGCGAUCUUUCAACUCCUUACUACAGAGACCUCGUCCUCAAUGCCUCCUCCGUCAAGAACAACACCAUCAUGAUUCAGGUCGGUCCAUCCAAUCUGAAUUCAGGCCUUCAAGAUGCAAUCCUUAAUGGUGUAGAGAUCAUGAAGAUGAGCAACGAUGCACAGAGCUUGGAUGGGUUGUUUUCAGUGGAUGGAAAAUACAUGGGAGGCUCAAGAUUUAGCACCAUGAAGAUUGCAGCUAUUGUGGCUUUGGGAAUGGGAGUGAUGGCGGUUCUGUUUCUUGGAGUAAUGUUCUUGAGAUGGCAGAAAAGGCCUCAAGGAUGGGAGAAGAGGAAGAGCUUCUCUUCAUGGCUUCUCCCAUUGCAUUCAAAUCAAUCCAGUUUCUUCUCUAGCAAAAGCAGCUCCAGAAGAUCAAGCGUUUUUGGGUCUCGCCGGAGCAAGACUGGGUUCUCAGGUAUCUACACCAAUGUCGGCCUCGGCCGUUUCUUCUCCCUCAAUGAGUUACAGGUUGCGACCCAUAAUUUCGACGAGAAAGCAGUGAUCGGCGUUGGUGGGUUCGGCAAAGUCUACGUCGGAGCAUUAGAAGACGGAACCAAACUCGCUAUCAAACGAGGAAACCCUAGCUCUGAUCAAGGCAUUAACGAGUUCAGAACUGAAAUCGAAAUGCUCUCCAAACUCCGCCAUCGCCAUCUCGUUUCCCUAAUCGGUUACUGCGACGAGCAAUCCGAGAUGAUUCUUGUGUACGAAUACAUGGCCAAUGGCCCAUUUCGCGACCAUUUAUACGGCUCAAAUCUCCCUCCAUUGUCGUGGAAACAGAGGCUCGAAAUCUGCAUAGGCGCCGCCCGUGGGCUGCACUAUCUCCACACCGGUGCAGCUCAGGGCAUCAUCCACCGUGAUGUGAAGACCACAAACAUUCUCCUCGACGAGAAUUUUGUUGCUAAAGUCUCUGAUUUUGGACUCUCGAAAGCCGCCCCAUCACUGGAACAGACCCAUGUCAGCACUGCAGUGAAAGGAAGCUUCGGUUACCUCGAUCCAGAGUACUUCAGACGACAACAAUUGACUGACAAAUCUGAUGUUUACUCAUUUGGGGUUGUUCUAUUUGAAGUCCUAUGCGCGAGACAAGUGAUAAACCCGACAUUGCCGCGAGAGCAGGUGAAUUUGGCGGAGUGGGCAAUGCAGAAUUACAGAAAAGGAAAGCUAGAGAAGAUAAUCGAUCCUGUUAUUAGCAGCUCAAUAGUACAGGGGUCGCUGAAGAAAUUCGUGGAAGCAGCAGAGAAAUGCUUGGGUGAGUAUGGCGUGGACAGGCCGAGCAUGGGAGAUGUGCUGUGGAACUUAGAAUAUGCUUUGCAGCUGCAAGAGGCAGUGUCAGAGCUGGAGGACCCAGAGGAAGACAAGUGCGAAGGGCUGGCGGCUUUGGACAAAGGAAACGACGAUGAACCCAAAGGAAAAGGCAGUGCUUCUGCGAGUAAUGAUGCUUCUGAAGUGUCAGUGAGUGCUCCUCUGUUUGCAGAGGUUCGAAAUUUUCAGGGAAGAUGAACAAUUUUUACAUGGAAUUCGCCAUACUCCUCUUCGCUGAUACAUUUUCAGCUCCAAAACCAAAUUUGGUGUUCAUACAGAGUGUUGUGUAGAUUUUAUCAUUAUUGCCCUUUUUUUUUUACAUCGUUUCUUCAUUUUUCAAUCCAGUUUGAAUCUUCUGUGUAUAUGAAUCUCCUUGUUGUCU